CCACCUCCCGAUUCACUCCUCGGAUUCAAUUCACUCCUCGGAUUCAAUUCACUCGCACGCCACAGCGUACGAAAGCGUCUCUCGUUCGGACUUUGCGGAUGGAGUUUUGCCCAACUUGUGGGAACAUGCUGCAAUUUGAGUUACCCAAUAUGGGUAAAUCUUCUAGAUUCUUUUGCCCGACUUGUCCGUACGUGUCUUACUUGGAGAAUAGGGUAAAGAUAAAAAGAAAGCAGCAUUUGGUGAAAAAGGAAUUAGAACCCAUAAUCUCUGAUGACGAUAUGAAAAAUGCAGCUCAAACCGAAGCAACAUGUCCAAAUUGUGGGUUUGGCAAGGCUGCAUUCAUACAAAUACAACUGAGAUCAGCUGAUGAACCUGCUUCAACAUUUUACAAGUGCAUGAACGAAGACUGCAGACAGAAUUGGCGUGAGGAUUAAGUGCCCAUGAACAAAAGUAUACGUUUGUGAGAUCACAAGUUUUUCAUUACGGAUUUUCUAACCAAAUUAGAAGUAAUUUCAAUUAAUAAAAUAUUAUUUUCAUGAACGGCCUUGUAGAAUAGGAUCUAUUCUAUAGGUUCUACCUUUAUGUCCUUGAGUAAAGUUUUAUUUUUUA